AUGGGGGAUAUUAACAAGUACUUCAAAAGCAACAAUGUGAAUGCGUUGAAUGAGGAUGAAGUAGAGAUUCAACCUGCCCAUGUUAAUGAAGUAGAUAGUACGGAUGAAGAAGUGAGUCAACCUGAUUAUGUUAAUGAAGUAGAUGAUAAAGAAGAAGAAAAAGUUAAACAUGCAAAAUAUUUCGCGGUUAUACUUGAUUGUACUCCAGAUGCAAGUCGUGAGGAGCAGAUGUCUUUAAUAGUACGAUUUGUAGAUGAUUCAGCAAACUUACCUAUAGUUGAGGAACAUUGGCUUGAAUUUUUGAAGGUAGAUGACACAACAGGACUUGGACUUGCAACCGAGCUUCAAAAGGCUUUAAUCAAACUUGAUCUGGAUAUUGAUGAUAUUAGAGGGCAAGGGUAUGAUAAUGGAUCUAAUAUGAGCGGGAAGCACAAAGGUGUACAAAAAAGAAUAAGAGAAGCCUUACUUAAUUUGGCAAAAUCUAACGAAGAUCCUAAAGUGAAAAGUGAAGCCGAGUCGUUAGCAACACAUGAACUUCAGAAUUUUGAGUUCUUGCUUGGCAUAGUAAUCUGGUACAGGUUGUUGCAUGCAGUCAAUAUUGUGAGUAAAUUUCUUCAAACUGAAUCCAUGAAUAUUGAUCAUGCUAUUAAUCUAUUGCAAGGACUUGUUUUAUUUUUUGAAGAUUAUAGAGAAAUCGGAUUUGUCGUUGCUAUGGAUGAAGCAACAAAAAAGACAAAUGAAAUGGGAAUUGAAGCUGUAUUUACAGAAAAACGCAUAAUUCGAAGGAAAAAACAUUUUGAUGAAAGCAGUAGUGAUGAGGUAAAGCAAUCGGCAGAAGAAUCUUUUAGAGUUGAGUUAAGGGAUGCAACUUUAUCAAAUUUGUUGAACUCUUGUAUGAAUCUUGAGAAAUAUCUUGAACAUGAUGGGCGCUCAGACAUCAGUGGAGAUGAUUUAUGUUCGGAGUUACAAGUCUUGAAGAUUUCUUUGCAUCUGCGGAAAGAAGCUUCUCAAAAUUGA